UGCAGUUAAACUGGAUUUAACAACAGUGUCCGGCUCUGCCCUCGAAUGAAGAGGAAGAUCAUCGAUUUAUUUUGAUCUUCUUGGUUUGGACAGGAGUAGCCUAAUAUCAUGCCAGUGAAAGCCAACAUUUUUAUGUGGGCCGUUUACACAGCGGAACCUCGUUUACAUGCUGAUUAAUUUUAGUUCAAUAUGUCUUUAUCUGCAUCUACAACUAUCCCACCUGCGCUGACAGCGGAUCAGCUAACGGUCAUCGUGGCCUCCGUGUCCUGCCUGGUGUUCUUCGUAGUGAUUCUCAUGCUCCUGGUGGUCUUGUACAGGAAAGACCCUUUCUGCUGCAGGGUGUCGAACUACCAGGCCAACCAGCGUUGUACAGAUGCUCCACCCCAGUACAACAGAAGACAGCCUCUAGUGGUGUCUCCCUACAAUGAACAUACUGCUGCCCACGGAAACAUUGGAUCCCAGCUUCCAGGGAGGCUGUUUAUCAUCGGUAAGCCCAGCAGCUAUCACCUGGACGGGAUCCUGCCCCGCCUUCCGUCCUACGAGAGCGUCCGGAAGAAAGACCGUCAGAGACAGAUCCACUCUAUGAUAGCCGACCGCUUUGGUAUCAGCCCCACACAGUCUGAAACGGAGCGUCCUCCGACGUACGAGGAGACUCUUCGCCAGUCCAUGAUCAUCUCCUCUGAAGACCUUCAGUGUGUUGAGGCACUUCCCUCAGACACCCCUCUCUCCACCUGUAACUCCAGCCUUGAACACACAGUGACAGUAGAUGCAGGCCCGUCACCCUACCGCCCUAUUCAGAGCCCGACCCGGGAACCCGUCUCUGUCUAGACCAGGAGUUAUUUGAGGGUCGGAACACUCCUGGUUUUCAACUUCGCAUUUUUAACUAGAGACUCGUGUUUCUACCCUUUGCAAGAAAAAAGCAGACAAAUCAACAAAGAAAGAGACAUUGUCAUGAUAAUGCAUGAGUCAGUUUCACUCAAGAGUUUGUCCUCCUGAGACUAACGCUCUCAACUCUUGACUGUCGUCUGUUGGUGUAGUGAGUGGUUUUAACAUGACUGUAUGCUGUACAUGGCUUGAUAUCCUUCCACUGGCAAUGAUAUCCUUUAUCGGCUAAAUAAUCAAAUCAGCCUACAUUUCAAACUCUAGACAUGCUCGGGUGUGUGGAAAAGAAGAUGUCCGCACCUCACAAGCAGACAUAUUAUGCUUCAUCACAACAUCCAAUGUCGUAGACAACCACAAAACAAGGACAUUGUUUCGGGUUGAACGUGUUAAUGAAAAAUCUAAAUCUCCUUGUUUCAAAAGAACACCAAGCUGUGAAUACCCAGCUACCUGACAUGUGAUGAUGAUGGCUAGUGAGUGUAGGGCCAGACCAGAGAGCUGUUGUGGUUGAACACAUCACUAAUUAUUAACACUACUGAAGGCAGACAAUGCCUAUGUUCCAAAUGGCACCCUAAUCCCCAUGUAGUGCACUACAUAGGAAACAGGGUCCCAUUUGAGAGACAAUCAAAGUGUGUUCACUCAGGGACAGUUGACCAGGGACCAUUUGUCUUAACCAAGGUCAAACUAACUAUGCACAGAGAAACUCACCAUGACCCUGACGUUCCGUAAUUUUUGAAACUGCACUGUCGGUUAGGGGCUCGUAAAUAAGCAUUUCACUGCAAGGUCUACUACACCUGUUGUACUCAGCGCAUGUGACUAAUAACAUUUGAUUUGAUUUACUUCCUGGGCUAAACUGGAAUGGGUUUGUCAAUGUGUUUAGCCUGAGAUACAGUAUGUAACUAUGCAAAACAUUAAUAUUAUGUGUGACCCAAAUCAAACAAAAAAAACAUGUAAAAGUAAUAGUUAAAUAGCUGAACCAAAAAGGGUCAAAUAGGUGAACUAAAGUAGAUAUAAAUGACCUAUCCGCUUUAAAAAAAAAAGUUUACUCUAACUACGUUUCCAUACAGUUUUCAUGCGAGUAAAGUCAUACCUUUGAUAAAUUGAAUCACGACAGCUGUGAUGGAAACAAGAAGUUUCAAUACAGUUUUCUAAAUGCAGACAGAUCAUUUGUUCGUUCGACAUGGUGGGAUCUUUUUGUGUCUGUAAAAUGUGUUAUGCGAGAAAUGGUGGUGGAAACUCGUUUAUGCACAAAUAUUGAUAUAACAACGGUGUCGAAGUACAAUUGGAGUCACGCGAUGACAUGGUGUGUGUGUGGUCCUCCCACUACAACUGGGGAAUCCAUGCAGUUUAUUAGAAUAUAGAAGAAAGCAAUUAUGAACUUCACAGGGUGGUGAAAGUGCACAGUGAUCUUGAUGCUCUUUUCAAAUAAAUAUUGAGGGUCUUAUUCUUUUGAUCGAUUCAUGACUGCCAUUUGACAAAAACAAAUAUCCAUAAUAAUCUCAUCAUGUAGACUAGCCUACCCGCACUGUAUGUACAAGCUGUUGGCUAGAACGAACGUGCCAAGACCAAUGAGCCUAUCCUCCUACAGCUCCCCAAACCAGCCUCCAUUGCAGAGUAGGCAUAUUUACUAUUUAACGUAACAGCUUUUUGUGAACAAACUAUCGGUAGAGGUGAAAAUGCGAAGGCAACAUAUUGAACUUUAAACUUUUUUUUAGUACAUUAAAACUUGUGUGUGUACUACAUCAUCGCUCACUGACUUUAAUUUGCAACAAGUCAGUUUGAAAUACACCAUUGGUUGGAAAAAUAUGCAUGUUUUAGUUCAGACUUGUUGUAUUAACUUGACCUAUAUUAAUCGGGACGGCAGGGUAGCCUAGUGGUUAAGAGCGUUGGACUAGUAACCGGAAGGUUGCAAGUUCAAACCCCCGAGCUGACAAGGUCAUUCUGCUCCUGAACAGGCAGUUAACCCACUGUUCCUAGGCUGUCAUUGAAAAUAAGAAUUUGUUCUUAACUGACUUGCCUAGUUAAAUAAAGGUACAAUUUUAAAAAACUGAUAGGAUUGCUAUCAACCUUAUGGUCAAGGUGUCAAAAGGGAACACUCCUGCUUCUAUUCAUUGACGUUUGUCAAAGUGAGUUGAAAUUUGUCCGUUUUUCUCUACCAGGCACAAAUAUGUCCACAGCGUAGAAUAGAUGUUGAGUAAUGUCAGCGAAGGGAGUAGAGACCUCAUUUUGACCUCUCCCUUUUUUUUUUUUGCAGUGUUUCUCUCCCCAAACCCAAUCUUCCCCUAAGCACUUACAAAUCUUAUAAACACUCAAAACUACGGCGCUCAUCAGUUAUUAGAGGGCCUCCAUCAGAAGUGUUUCGACAAGCUGUCUGUUGUGGUGAAUGUACCAGGGCAUUCGUAAUGUAUUUCACACUCCCCUGCAUUCCACUGGGAGGAGUUGACAUACUAUCUGUAACUCAUACUCUCAAAAUAAA